AUGCCAUCCUCACAGCUCAGUUGUGGCUGGGACAUUGAAGGCGCUCUGACGCAAGAAGAACUAGAUCCUACGUUUCAGUAUAUCAGCGAUGACAUUCCCAGUGCUGAUAAAUAUUACCGCAUAAGAAAACUGCAAGAACAGCAAGAAAAGAAAGGACAAGGACCAAAUCCAGCACCGCCGUCUCCAACAGUCAGUUUUGCUUCGAAAUAUGGACAAAGCCCGUUGCAUGAGAUGCCCAAUAUGUGGGAGAAAUCGCAUCCUUAUAUCCAAGACUAUCGAACAGCGAGAAGAAAUUUGGGACCGCCAGUAUGGGCUCAACACAAGCGAUCUGUUGCUAGACCGGCACCUCAAAAAAAACCUAGUAGUGACGAUGGAGGUUGCUGCUUGGUGAUGUAG